GAGAUUUGUAAAUAUUAAAAGUACAUGGGUGUAAGAAGAUACAUCAGUGGUCCAAAAAUAAAAGCUCACAAACAUAACCCCAUUAGUUUUCAUAAAUGGAUCAAUCACCCCCUGUAUAUUUAUAUCUACAUAGCUCCCCCACUUGAGCCUUUUAUGUUUCCCUCUUCCUUUUUCCAAAAAACCAGACGACAAAAAAUCACAACGAUCCACAAUCCACCUGAAACCCCAAAAUCAUCUACAAACACAGAUCAAAUCGAUUUUUAUUGAGAAAACUUCACACAGAAUUCAAGAAUUUCUAGGGUUUCGAUGAUUGAGUGAGGUACAUAGAGGUGUAAUCGUUUUGGGUUUUAUUGAUUUUGGUUUCCAGUCAAUGCGUCAGAAGAAAACCGGCCUUCAGAUCGGAGAAGAACGAAGCUCUUCCGAUUCAAAAACUCCACAAUUUCAAUUCCAAGAAAACACGAAUUUCAAAGCCAACUACGCAUCAAGGAUCCCCCAUCUUCAAAUCCAAAUACCAACAAAAGAUUAUAAUGAACAACGACCUACCUUCAAGCAAAACGCAACAACAACAGCAACAACCACCAACACCCAGAAAACUCUUAUUUCAAAUCCUCAGAAAAGACCUGUAGUUAUGAGUCCCCAACAGAAAACUUCAUCCCAUCAUCACCACCACCACCAUCACCCGUACAACCACCCACGAAGAGCUUCUCAUCAGAAGUCUUUAAUUUGUUGUUCAUCUUCUGAAGCCCUUUUAGCCACCAAGACAGUUGCUCUAAAACUGUUGAAGUUUACUCACGUUAAGCUUUUCUGGGUUAAAGUCCCUUUCAGGGUUUUAAUCCUUCUCUUUUUGCCUUCAAUUUAUUACUUCUCUUUGAGCUAUCGCUCCUUUUAUCUCUACAUACUCUUUCUUAUUGCCUUCUGUAGCGUUCUUUUAUCUUCAUUUAAUAUUAACAGUUUUCAUACCACUAACCUCCCAUCAAUCCGAUUAUUCGUCGCCCGAAAUUUCCCAAAUCUGAAGCUUUACAAAUCAGAUAACGCAUCAACAACACACCCACCAGUUGUUUGGUCAAUUGGGUCAAAGACCCAAUUAGAGGAAAACACAAAUUCAGGGUUCUUGGUGAAGGUAUACAGCAAUGGCGAUGUUUAUGAGGGUGAAUUUUAUAAAGGGAAGUGUUCUGGAAGUGGGGUUUAUUACUACAACUUAAAUGGGAGAUACGAAGGCGAUUGGGUUGACCAAAAGUACGAUGGAUAUGGUGUUGAAACUUGGGCAAAAGGAAGCCGAUAUAGAGGACAGUAUAGGCAAGGAUUGAGACAUGGUUAUGGAGUUUACAGAUUCUACACUGGAGAUAUGUACGCCGGAGAGUGGUUAAAGGGACAGUGCCAUGGGUGUGGAGUUCAUACUUGUGAAGAUGGAAGCAAAUAUGCUGGCGAAUUCAAAGGAGGCAUCAAACAUGGGCUUGGCCACUACCAUUUCAGAAACGGGGACACAUAUGCUGGAGAAUAUUUUGCAGACAAGAUGCAUGGUUUUGGUGUGUAUCGAUUUGCAAAUGGACACAGAUAUGAAGGUGCUUGGCAUGAAGGAAGAAGACAAGGUUGUGGUAUGUAUACUUUCAGAAAUGGUGAGACUCAAUCAGGUCAAUGGGAUAAUGGAGUUAUAAGUGUUUCAACUUCUCAAAAUCCAUUUCUUUCAUCUGUUUCUCAUGCCAAAGUCCUUAAAGCAGUCCAGGAAGCAAGACGUAUAGCUGAGAAAGCGUUAGCUGUUGCUGACGUGGACGAGAGGGUGAACAGGGCGGUGACUGCGGCUAACCGGGCGGCCAACGCAGCCAGAGUGGCGGCAGUUAAGGCGGUCCAAAACCGAAUGCAUCAGCAUGAUGAUGGAGGUGGUGCCGCCUGGAACCGCAAUCAGAUUAGAAUAUUGAAGGUGCUGAUUGAGGAGCAAAUGGAUAUCUGAGGAAGGGGUUAAUUGCAGCUGCAUAGCCCAUCAAGAUUCAUGAGAAUUAGGAUGCCUUUUUCUUGUCCUUUGCCUUUGUAAAAUGUAAAUGUUUGUGCCUUUACUUGAAGAAAAACAAAAUCAGCAUCAUCAUCAUAGUUUCUUUUUCUAGUGUUGUAUUUUGGUUUUUUUGGUUUCUACGAAUGUAAUCUUUUCCUUGUGGCUUUUUAUAUAUUAUAUCACUCUAUGUACGGAUCUUAUUGUAUGUGGGUCCGACAUGUUUGACUGUUUGGUAUUUGACAAAAACUUCAAAAUCGUGUGUAUGUGUUUUGAAUAAAGAUAAGAGUUAAAAUUACAACCAGCAUGGACAUCCAUGGGAUAUUGGGAUUUGAUGUUAGAUGUUCGUGUUGGGGAUAUGAAUGACACACGAUUUAUAAGAUGCUAAGAAAAUUAUAGAAUACACAAGAAUUUAUUGCAAAACAAUCGGUUGGGGGUGAUUGUGGUGUGUUAUGUCCUUCGGAUUUUUUAUUUUUAUUUUUUUAAUUCUUGACCUUAUCCUGUUCCUCAUGAAUCUUGAUCUUC